AUAAUAAUUCAUAUGAUAUUGAAUCAUCUAAAAUGCAAAAUGGACUUGAACAAUCAAAUAAUUCUAAUCACCAAGAUCAACAUAAAUAUAAACCAAAAUCUUCAAUAAAAGAAUCAAAUGAUAAUCAUACUAAUCAAAAUUAUAUUAAAACAAAGGAUAAUUUUAAAUUUGGAUACAAACGACUUGAAGAAUUAUGUAACAAGGAUGCGUCUGAAAUUGUAUUUGUGAUGUCAAAUAAGGUUAACGGAUUCAUGGACUUAUUUAAACAAAAUAAAGAACCAGAUUGGAUUUUUUUGCUUAUGAAAGUAUCAGCUAAGAUUUGUUCUACUGAAUUAAUACAAAGCAAAACAUUCUUACUAACAGAACUUAUAUGUAAUCAAUUUUUUGAUCAUCUAAAAACAUAUAUAUUGAGUACACCAACAGAGAAAAACUUAAAUCGAUGCAACAAUAUGAAUAUAUUUUAUGAAGAUUGUUUAGUUGUGUUUCAAUCAAUAACUACAUUAUUUCCAAAAACAGCAGAAGAAAAAUUAAAGGAAAUAAUAGUAAGUAGUAAUAUUGCUUUAAAUGGUAUUAAAAGUUAUUGUAAUCAUAUAAAAAUUGAUGAAACUACAGUAAUUAAAAUGAAUGAAUUGCUAGAAAAACUCAAGGCUACAGUCUUAACGGAGGAAUUAAAAUUGAAAGAAAAAUUAGUUAUUGAAAAUAUUGCCCAACUAAUGCCUCCACCUGAAAAUUUUAGAGAACUAACUGUAUAUCCAACUGCAAUCGAUCUUGAAUUUGGAGAACCAUUUUUACGACCCAAUAUAUCCAAAGGAGCUUAUCAGAAUGUAGAACACUAUUUAGAUGUUCAAUUUCGCCUUUUGCGUGAAGAUUUUAUUGCACCAUUACGAGAAGGUGUACAAUUUUAUAAAGACGCAAUAAAUAAUCAACGUCGAAAAAAAAUAAACAAUAUUCGUAUUUAUGGUGAUGUUGAAUUUGAAAAAAAAGGCGAAUUCGUUCAUGAUAAAUAUGGUUAUCUAGUGAAUUUUGACAGGAAAAAUAAAUUAAGAAUCAAUUGGGAAAUGGCAAAACGUUUUAUGUGUGGUUCUUUAUUGCUAUUUUCUGGAAAUAAUUUUAGGACUUUCUUUAUGGGUAUUGUUUUGGAAAGAAAAAUUGAACUUUUGACAAAAGGAAAAUUAAUUGUGGAAUUAUUAGAAGAUGCAAAACCUAUAUUUAAUACAUCUCUGACCAUGGUAGAGAGUGAAGUAUAUUUUGAACCAUAUAAAUGCUCAAUGGAAGCCUUGAAAAAUAUUAACACACAUAAAUUCCCUAUGGAAAAAUAUAUAAUAUCAGCUUGUAAUAAGAUAGACUAUCCAUAUUAUCUCGACAAGUUACCUGAACAUCAUAAAUAUGAAAUUGAUUUAAAAGAAUUUGAAAUUCAGAGUCAUGAUAAUUGGCCAACUAAAGAAGAGCUAGGACUUGAUGAAAUGCAAUAUGGAGCAUUUAAAGCAGCGUUGACUCAAGAAUUUACAAUUAUCCAAGGGCCACCUGGUACUGGAAAAACGUUUAUUGGAUUGAAAAUUAUGAAUACAAUUAUAAGUAAUUUAUAUGAAGAACCAUUCCUUACGAAACCAAUUUUAGUAGUAUGUUACACAAAUCAUGCCCUUGACCAAUUUAUGGAAGGCAUAUUGAGUUUCACAAACAAAGUUGUCAGAAUUGGGGGUCAGUCUAAGUCAAAAAUUAUUGAAGAAUACAGUUUAAGGAAUAUAACACGGAAACACAGAAGAUCCAUAACUACGAAUAUAGGUCUUAGGAAUAUUGAAAAUCAAGUAAAAACUACUAUGGAUAACAUAAAAUAUUUUAAGAAAUGUAGUGAAGUUGUGUCAUACAAUGCUGGAAUAUUAGAGUUAUCAUUGUUGAAAAACGGUAUGCCUAAACAAUAUCAUAAUUUUUUUAAAACAACUUUGGAUCUUCUCUCUUGGUUAUUUCAAGAUUUUGAUUAUUUUGGUCUAGACCCAAUUGGGUUUAUAACUGGAAUCAGAAACGAGCUAAUUAAUAAAGUUUUUCAUUCAGAAAAAUUUUUACAAAUUCAAAAAGAGUUUGAUGACAACGACGAUGAAGCCAAGCGGUAUGAAUUAUAUUACUUAGAUCUAGAACAUGAUCAUAAAGAUAUUGUUAUUUAUAGUAUAACUUUAGAUGACAUAAAAAAUGCUUGUAAGCAAUUACUUGUUGAGAAUAUACGACUAAAGGAAUUAUCUGAUUUGAAUGUAAAUUACUUUAAUGAAUCUGAAGAAGCCAAAUUCAACUUUGGUGUAAUGGAAAACAUACAUGAUUAUUUUGAAAAUAUGUUGAGUUUGGCUAAUGAUGAUGUUGAACUACCGCGGUCAACUUUAGAUUUAUACGUAUUAAAUAUGAGACAAAGAUGGUAUUUAUAUUUCCAUUGGGUAAAAAAAACAAAAGAGAUGUUCGAUCCAAAAAUAAUAAGCUAUGAACAAAAAUAUACACAAGUUUAUAAGCAAUAUGCUGAAUUAAGAGAGUUGGAAAACGUAGAACUUUUAAAUAAGAUGCAUGUAAUAGCAUUAACUACCACUGGUGCUGCUAAACACAGAAUAAUGCUGGAAGGAUUAGAAUCCCCAAUUGUUGUUGUCGAAGAAGCUGCUGAAGUUUUAGAAGCACACAUAGUCUCUUCAUUAACAAGUCACUGUCAACAUCUAAUAUUAAUAGGCGACCAUAAACAAUUACGUCCUAGUAAUGCAGUUUACAAAUUAGCAAAAGAUUUUAAUUUUGAUAUUUCAUUGUUUGAACGUAUGGUCAAUAAUGAAGUACCUUGUUACACAUUGGGCGAACAACAUAGAAUGCGCCCUGAAAUAGCAUCUCUAAUAACUCCUUCAAUAUACGAUGAAUUGAAAAAUCAUAUUUCUGUUCACAAUAGAGAACAUAUUGUUGGUGUUACAAAAGAUAUAUUCUUCCUAAAUCAUAAUAUAUAUGAAAAAGAAGUUGAGGAAAUCUCAAGCAAAACUAAUGAUCAUGAAGCUAGAUUUUUGGUUAUGUUUGCUAGGCAUUUAAUUUUACAAGGAUAUAAAACUGAUCAAGUGACAAUAUUAACAACCUACAGUGGUCAAUUAUUUCUGAUUCGUUCGUUAAGAAAAAAAUAUUCAAUAUUAGAAGGGAUGAAGAUCACGGUGGUAGAUAAUUAUCAAGGAGAAGAAAGUGAUAUAAUAUUGCUAUCACUAGUUAGAAGUAAUGAAAUGGGAAAUGUAGGAUUUUUGAAAACUGUGAACAGAAUUUGUGUUGCAUUGUCAAGAGCUAAGUAUGGACUUUACAUAAUGGGUAACAUGGAAAAUUUGUACAAUUCUGGUAAUUUGUGGAAACAAAUAAAAGAAACAUUAGUAAAUCAGGGUUCAUAUGGCGAUGAAUUGACUUUAGAAUGUGCUGUUCACUCUGGUAUUAACACUAAAGUUGCAAAAGAUGAUGACUUCAAUACAAUCAUGGAAGGUGGUUGUUCCAUGAUGUGUAAAUCAUUGCUCUUGUGUGGUCAUUAUUGUUCAAGUAUUUGUCAUUCUCAUGACCGUGACCAUUUAGAAUUGAAAUGCAGGGAGCUGUGUAACAAGUCAUGUGUUUAUAAUCAUCCAUGUAAGAAAAUAUGUUAUAUGGACUGUGGAAAAUGUACUGUGUCAAUGAUCAAAGAAUUACCAUGUGGUCACCAAUUGACAUUGCCAUGUUUUGUAGAUGUUCUUACUUUUCCAUGUGAAGAAAUGGUAGAAUCUGUCCUAGAAAAAUGUGGUCAUACAAUUUUGAAUAGAUGCCAUGAAAAAAAACCCAUCUGUUCAUUUAAAUGUAUAGAUCGAUUAGAUUGUGGUCAUGCUUGUGAAAAAAAUUGCCAUAAGAACGAUGAUCCAGAUCACGAAGAGUAUAAAUGCUUAAAACCUUGUGAAAAUAUAAACAAAAAGUGCUCUUUAAAUCACAAAUGUCAAAAGAUGUGUUAUGAAGAUUGUUCAUUGUGUACUGUUAAAGUAAAGAAAGUUUUGCCUUGUGAACACAUUAAGAAUGAUGUUCCUUGUGGAUUAAAUGUUGAUGAAAUUAAAUGUAUUCUUCCAUGUGAUCGUCCAUUAAAAUGCGACCAUAAGUGUCAAUCUAAAUGUUAUGAAAAAUGUAAACCUUGUGAAAAUCAAGUAGUAAAAGUUAUACCAGACUGUGGCCAUACAAUUACAAUGAAAUGUAAAACUAUACCAGAACGUAUGCUUUGCACUAAGAAUUGUGAACGAAUAUUAGAUUGUGGGCACAUGUGUAAGAGAGUAUGUGCAAACGAAUGUACAGCUAUAGAUUGUGAGGAAAUAGUGUUACAAAAAAAUAGUAAACUCGCUUGUGGUCAUAACAGUGUUUGGGUUUUAUGUUGUGACAAAUAUAAAGAGUUCAAAAUGGAUAGUCAAUAUUUACUUGAUAAGUGUCGUGAACCAUGUUUACAAACAUUAAAUUGUAAUGAUGUUUGUUUCGGAACAUGUGGAGAAUGUAAACAAGGACGUUUACAUGUACCUUGCAGUGAGAUUUGCAAUAAGAUAAACCCAUGCAAUCAUACAUGUAGAUUUCCCUGUAAGGAACGGUGUCCGCCUUGUAAUCAGAAAUGCAUCUAUUCUUGUGUGCAUUCUAGAUGUAGUAAGGUGUGUGGACAACAAUGUGUACCAUGCCAGGAAAAAUGUGAGUGGAAGUGUAAACAUUUGAAAUGCACCAGAAAAUGUUAUGAUUUAUGUAAUCGAAGACCUUGUUAUGAGCCUUGCUCUCUAAAGUUGAAAUGUGGGCAUGAGUGUAUUGGUUAUUGUGGUGAACCAUGUCCUCCUUUAUGUCGCAUUUGUCAAGAAGACGAAGUUACUACAAUAGUUUUUGGCAAUGAAGAUGAACCAAAUGCAAGGUUUAUUUAUUUAGAAGAUUGUGAACAUACCAUAGAAUCCGAUGCUUUAACAAAAUGGAUGAAUCAAAACGAUGAAGAAAUUUGUUUGAAACAGUGUCCGCUAUGUAAAACACCAAUUUUAAAAACCCAACGUUUCCUGAACCAAGUAAAAGUUAUAUUAAAAGACGUAUCAAAAAUAAAAACAAAACAGUAUGGAGAAUUAGCUGUAAUUCGUGGCAAAACGAAGACAGUAAUUGAAUCACUAAGAUCCUUGGAUAAAAAUUUUAUUUCAAAUUAUAUUGGUGAUAGGCAUCAUAGUAUUAAACGUUCAUGGAAUAAAUUUUGCAAGCCUUUAUUUGGUCUGCAUAAUAAACGUUCAAAGUUCACUUUACCCGCCAAUGAUAUAGAAUCGUUAAAUUUUGUCAUUGAUUUGUUUAUAACUACUUCAAAGUUUAAAAAUAGAAUUAAAGAAAUCAAAGAUGGCCAAAGAAAACAAACUAUCAUUAAUCACUUUGAUUGGAUACUGUCUGUUGCUUUCACUUAUGCGCAACAGUUGUCAAAUCAGCAAAAAAAAGAUAUAAAAAAGGAGAUGGCACGUGGCUCAAGAAUCAUAAAUUUAUUUGAGAUCAUGUCUAAUAAAAGAUUUCAGACAGCAGUUACAAUGCAAACUUCUGAUACAAAUGAAAUAAAAAAAAUAGUAGAUAAUAUGGAGGCUUUAUUAAUGUCAUGCAGCAUAUACACAUCAAACAGGGAUGAGGAUAUACAUAAUUUAAUAGAAAAAAUCCAACAAAAAAUUGAUGAUCUUCCUUUAAUAACGGAUGAUGAAAGACGUAUGAUUCAUGCCGCUAUGUCCACCAAUUUUGCAGGAGGCAUUAAAGCUCAAGGACAUUGGUGUAAAUGUCCAAAUGGCCACAUUUAUUGUGUUACGGAAUGUGGAGGGCCAAUGCAGCAGUCAAUUUGUCCUGAAUGCAAAGUAGAAAUUGGCGGACAGAGUCAUCGACAUGUUUCAGGGAUUACCGUAGCAUCAGAGAUGGAUGGUGCUAGAAACCUUCUGUUUCAAUAGUUAUUACUCAAAUAAUUCUCUUUUUAUUUUUACAUGUAUUUGUUCAUGUUUAUUCUUACAAUAUAAUGUAAAGUUUGUUUUUGAUAUUAUUUUAUCAAGCUUAUAAAAAUAUUUACAAGUAUCACACUAAAUUACUAAUUAUUAACUAAUAAAUUAAUGAUCAAUUACUAUUU